AUGAAAUUGGAGAUAACUAUCCCCUUUGGAGAAGCCUUGCAGCAAAUGUCACUCUACUCUAAGUUUCUGAAAGAUUUGCUGACCAUGAAGGGCAAAUAUAUCCACAGUGAUAAUAUUGUGGUGGAGGGAAACUGCAGUGCUGUCAUUCAAAGAAUCCUUCCACCUAAAUACAAGGAUCCAGGGAGUGUUACAAUCCAUUGCUCUAUUGGUGCAGUGUCUGUUGGAAAAGCCCUCAUUGACUUGGGGGCCAGCAUAUACUUGAUGCCUCUCUCCAUGCGCAGAAGGAUUGGAGAACUGGAAAUUAUGCCAACAAGAAUGACAUUGCAGCUGGCAGAUCAAUCUAUUACAAGGCCUUAUGGCUUGGUUGAAGAUGUUUUGGUCAAGGUGCAGCAAUUUACCUUCCCUGUAGAUUUCGUGAUUAUGAAUAUUGAAGAGGAUUUUGAAAUCCUGCUGAUUUUGGGCCGUCCCUUCAUGUUAACCGCCAAUUGUGUGGUGGAUAUGGGGAAAUGUAAUUUGCAAAUGGGAAUAGAUGAUCAGAAGAUCACAUUUGAUUUGUUUGAUGCAAAAAAGCACCCACUUGACCAGAAUGUUUGUUCUAAGGUGGAUGAAGUUGAAAAUGAGAUGGUUCUGAUGGCUAGAGCCAAGAUUGCUCCAGACCCUUGA